UCCAAUGAUUCGAACUAGCGGUGUUGUUCAAAUUUUGCGGAAAAGAUUUGGAUUUGCAAGAAUACCUGCAAGGUCUGCUACUAAGGGAAGCAAUCGGCCAAGAUGGAUCAAGAGACAACAAACAGAUUUUUAUGUGAAGAAAGCUCAUGAAGACAACUAUCGUUGUCGUAGCGCCUAUAAACUGAUUGAGUUGGAUGACAAGUUCCAUUUCCUUCGACCUGGAAGAGUUAUAAUUGACUGUGGUGCAAGCCCAGGUUCUUGGACCCAAGUGGCUGUAGACAGAGUGUUAACACAGAAAACUGGUUAUUGGGAUGGCCUUGUCAUUGCUGUGGAUUUACUAGAAAUUGAUGAUAUUCAUGGAGCAACUAUUCUAUCAAGAUGCGACUUUACAAGUGCUACUACACAGAGACAGAUCCUCUCAAUAUUGCCUCCUGCUGGUGCUGAUGUUAUUAUGAGUGAUAUGGCUCCAAAUGCAAGUGGAAACCACACAAUGAGUCAUGAAGCCAUCUUGAGCCUCUGUGAGUCAGCCCUGGAUUUUGGGAAAUCUGUUUUGAAGCCUGGUGGGAUUUUCCUUUGCAAACUCUGGGAUGGCUAUGGCACACAAGAUUUUAUCAAGACACUAGAGGGAAAUUUCAGUAAAGUUAGGAAAUGUAAACCUCAAGCAAGCAGAAAAGAAUCAGCUGAGAUCUACCUUUAUGCUGAGAGCUUUAAGAAAUCUUGAUAAUAAAUUAAUCUGUUAAACUCUUGAGUGUAGGUUUUCAUAACAGAUACAUGCUGUGUAGCAUUUAAAGAAAAUAAUUAAGCUCUGAAAAUUAUGGCUCAAGAUGGCAGCUGAAGGACCUCAGUGCAGAGCAAGUCACCAUUCUUUAAGUAACAUUAUCAAGAAUCAAUGAGAAAUAAUCACUACAAUUACAGGGAAAGCCUGAAAAAAAUACUUCGUACCUCAUUUAAACCCACUUGCUGAGAAUUAAAGGCAUAAGCUCA